AUGUACACGGGUCAGUGCGAGUCAGUGCGAUAAAAAUGGGCGAAUCAUCUGACGCACUACGGUCGACGACGGCCAUUUGCGCAAGGUACGCAGAAGUGUUUGCACACAAUUACCUACCGUAUCAACUUUAAAAAUAGGUCAGCUGAGUUCAGAUUUCUUUCGAAAAAUAGGAACAUAUUCUCAGAAGCAUGCCAGUUUUCACUUUGAACGUCAACGUCUCCGUUUCGGCCGAUAAAAAGGUCGAUAUCCUGAAGGAGCUCUCCACCGUCGUCGGGAAACUUCUCGGAAAGCCUCAAUCUGUAAGUGUGAUGAAAUUUGGGUUGCUUUAAUUGAAACGCUCAACUUGCAGUACAUGUGCGUGCAUAUCAACACUGAUCAGGCGAUCACUUUUGCCGGAACCACCGAUCCGGCCGGAUUCGCCGUGCUCAAAUCGAUCGGAGGCGUCGGAACGUCAAAGCAGAACAACAAUCUGGCGUCGGAGAUCUUCCCGAUCAUCGAGAAACACAUCGGAAUCCCCGGAAAUCGGUUAGACUCGACACUUUUAAGCGGAAUGAUAAUUUGCUCAACUUGCAGUUUGUACAUCGAGUUCGUCAACUUGGGCGCCGCCGACAUCGCGUUCAGCGGAAACACUUUCGCCUAA